AUGCAGCAUGAUGGCACACUGCAGAUCAAGAAAUACUUUCCCAAACAUUCUUGUGCAAGGGUCCAUGAGAAUCCUGCUGUCAGAACCCCCUACCUUAUUAGGAAGUUUGCUGACAUUAUUAGGCUCAAUCCUAAUGUUACCACAAACUCUCUUAUGGAAACCAUGGCAGCUGGUGUGAAAUCGAAAGUCUCGUUUCAACAAGCUUAUAGAACCAAGGUGGCUGCUUUGGAGUUGCUUGAGAAGAGCAUGCAAGAGCAAUAUGCAAGGGUCCAAGACUAUGCUGUUGAAUUGAGGAGAGUUGAUCCAAACACCACAGUAGACAUUAUGUGUGAUUUUGACAAUCCUGGUCAACUCCCAGUGUUUAAGAGGAUGUACAUUUGUCUUAGUGCAUUAAAGAUGGGUUUUAGAGCUGGAUGCAGACCUGUGUUAGGGUUUGAUGGUUGUCAUUUAAAAAGUGCUUAUGGAGGUCAACUUUUAUCAGUAGUAGGGCUUGAUCCAAACAACAGUACUUGGAUGGUCGCUUAUGCUAUGGUGGAGCAAGAGAGCAAAGACUCAUGGGAUUGGUUUCUAAGGUUGUUGGUGAAUGAUUUAGAGAUAACUGGAAGAGGCAAUGGAUGGACAUUUAUAUCAGACAAGCAGAAGGGAAUAGAGAGAGCUUGUGAGGAUGUGGUUCCACUUGCAGAACAAAGGUUCUGUGUUAGGCAUAUGUGGACCAAUUUCAAUAAGUUAUAUCGGGGAAAGACGCUGAAGGAUCAAUUGUGGGAAAUAGCCAAGUCUACAACCAUUCCCUACUACACCAAAGAGAUGACUAUGAUGAAGGAAAUGGACCCUUUAGCUCAUGACUGGUUAACAGAUCCCUUACGACCACCAAAGACUUGGUGUCGGGCACACUUUAGUACCCAUCUGAAAUGUGAUGUUCUUCUCAAUAACUUAUGUGAAAGUUUUAAUGCUUUCAUUUUACCUGCUAGAUCCAAAACUGUGAUUUCUUGCUUUGAGGAGAUUAGGGUAAGGAUGAUGAGAAGGAUUGUAAUGAGAAGAGACAAGAUGAGCAAAGUGGAGGACCUUAUCUGCCCCAAGCCAAGGGAACUUUUGGAGAAAAACAAAGUUAAAUCUGCCACAGACUGUAUUCCUUAUGCCACUGGCAGCCCUCAAAUUGAGAUAGAGAGCUUUGGAGGAAGUAGGCAUGUGGUUGAUCUGGAAAGAAGAAGUUGUGCAUGUAGGAGGUGGGAUCUCACUGGCAUUCCAUGCAAACAUGUCAUAUCGGCGAUCAACUUUGUGCGGCAAAGUCCGAAAGACUAUAUAGAUCCUUGUUACCUUACGAAGACUUAUAUGGUCGUUUACUCUAACACAGUCAAGCCGGUGAAUGGAAUGAACUUGUGGAUCCCUUGUGGUGAACCUGCUAUCCUCCCCCUAGAGUAUAAUAGGCAGCCAGGGAGACCAAGGAAUAAAAGAUUCAAAGAUGCAUCUGAACUAAAUUUAGAGGGUACAAAGCUUGGGAGGGUGCAAAAGAGUUUGAAGUGUGGCAACUGUGGGGUUCUAGGUCACAACAGAAAGACUUGCCACAAACAUCUUCCUCCCAAAGACAAGACAGUUGCAGCAAAGAAGAGAAAGCUGAACACAGAUGUGGGUUCAUCUGGUUCUAAGCCUAAGGGUACCAAACCACCCCUAAAGACAAAAGAUGAGCUUAGAGCAAAGGCAGUUAGAAGAGCCAAGCAAGAGAAGGAAGCUAGGGAUGUAAAGAAAGCAGCAGCUAGGGGAACAACAGCACCUGCAAGAAGAGGGAGACCACCAAAACCUACUUCAAGCAAUGCAAACGCAUCUUCUGCACCACAAGCUUCACAAGCUUCAUCAAGGGUGUCUGUGAGAAUCCAACAAAGGAAUGCUGGAAAAUAG